GGCAUAUAAAGCCAAGCAGAAAGCGUGAAACAAAGCAUUCUGAUCGGAAUUGGAUUGGGGAGGCGAGGUGUGGAAUCCGGGAUAUAAAACUUGUUUUAAGGGGAGUAACCAACCUUUUCCACUCCACAACGCCUGUGAGCUUCAAGGGUUCUCUGGCUACCCUCUUCAUUUAUAAUUUUUAUUUUUUUUGCAAAGAUUUCUGUACAUUUUUCUCUUAAAAGAACAUUUCUUUUCCAAGAGAAAAUAAGGCAAGAUCAAUGAAGGAGAGAAGAGCCAGUCAGAAAUUAAACAGUAAAUCUAUGAUGGAUCCUAAUCAGAACGUGAAAUGCAAAAUAGUGGUAGUUGGAGACAGCCAGUGUGGGAAAACGGCGCUGCUUCAUGUGUUUGCUAAGGAUUGCUUCCCCGAGAAUUACGUCCCUACAGUAUUUGAAAAUUACACGGCCAGUUUUGAAAUUGACACACAAAGGAUAGAGCUGAGCCUGUGGGACACUUCGGGAUCUCCUUAUUAUGACAACGUCCGUCCCCUUUCCUAUCCUGAUUCGGAUGCUGUAUUGAUCUGUUUUGACAUCAGUAGACCAGAGACUCUUGACAGUGUCCUAAAAAAGUGGAAAGGUGAAAUCCAGGAGUUUUGUCCUAACACCAAGAUGCUGCUGGUUGGCUGCAAGUCUGAUCUUCGCACAGAUGUUAGUACAUUAGUUGAACUUUCAAAUCACAGGCAAACACCAGUAUCUUAUGAUCAGGGUGCAAACAUGGCCAAACAAAUCGGAGCAGCUACUUAUAUUGAAUGCUCAGCCUUACAGUCGGAAAACAGUGUAAGAGACAUUUUCCAUGUUGCCACCUUGGCAUGUGUAAAUAAGACAAAUAAAAAUGUUAAGCGAAACAAAUCACAAAGGGCAACAAAGCGGAUUUCACAUAUGCCUGGCAGACCAGAACUGUCAACAGUUGCUACAGACUUACGAAAGGACAAAGCAAAGAGUUGCACUGUAAUGUGAAUGUGUUGGAUUUCUGUAAGGAGGUACAAGAAAAUCCAAUGAGAAAAGGUGAAGAUCGAAUGGAGUACGCAGCCAAAGUGAUAUAUGAUGGAGGCUUAGCGACCAUUUUAAAGGAUAUUCUUCAUCUUUUGUGGGAUACUGUACUUAAGGGUUCAGCAUGUAGACCAAGUGAUGGGAAGAGAAGACUUUGAAGAGCUUGAAAAUGUGACUUGGAAGAUAAGCCAAAAAAGGAGAGCUUCAAUUGUUCUAGAAAUAGAUGAGGAGGGGAAUGAGUACCUCCAAGAAGAAAAAUCACACCCUGUCUGGUGCUUGCUUUUUUUUCUUAACAAUCUAUUCAUGGCUAUCUGCAUUGAUUUAAUUUUUAAAUGUUUUAAUCUCCUUUUAAAAAUAUUAAUACACCCUCCUCACUGGGGAACUGGCACUGUGACCUUAGAGUUUAGUUUUCCAGAGGAUGUGAUCUAAUUUCCUCCCAGCUCAUCAUUAAAAUGGAAAUUAUAUCAAGACCCAUGGGGUAUCGAGAGGAAACGCUGUACGAGGCUUUGAAAUGUUGCCUUCCUGAGAUAGCUGAACAAGAUAGUCGUGAAGAAAGCCUUUUGCAUUUUUUCAAGGCCUGCAGACUAGCACGACAAGAGAUGGAAUAGACCAAGUAGAAAGAAUCUGCCAGUUAUUGUUCAGUCUUAUAUUUCUGUUCAUCAAUGUAAUUGUCAUUUGAAAAGUGGUAAUACGCUGAGUUUUCUUUUUGUGCCCUUAGAAAAUACAUUGUAGGGUUGUGCCAUCAUAGAUGAAACUGCAAAGUUAUAUAAAAACUUCUGUGAGUUGUGGUUAUGGAAGGAUCCAUGGGGAAAAGAAAUCUUAGAUAGUUUUAACCAGGUUUUAUAUGGCGUGAAGGAAUGAUAGCAGAAAAGCACAGAUUAUAAGCAAAGUUUUUUGAAUCUGAAUGAGUACAACUUCAAAUCAGCAUGGCCGGUUGUUGAAUUGGUACAUGGAUAAUCUCCAGAAUGGCCAUAUUUGAUGAUCCUUGAGUAUUACUUAUUUCAUUUUCUUCCAAUAGCAUUCAUAGGAGAAGGAGCCAGAAGUACAGUAGAGCUUUAAGGGCUCCCAAGUGGAAACUGGAUAUAGCAUCAAUUCUCUAAAACGAGCAUGUACAUAUCUAGAGAGUGGGUGCUGAACUGGAGGUAGCCAGAGUCAGCCAAGUCCCUCUUUUGUGGACCGAUUUCUUAUGUCAGGUGAAGAUAAAUCAGCCUCUCAAACAGUUUGCAGAUAUUUUCUGACCAGUUCCUCUUAGAGCUUCUUUCAAAGAAGAAGGAUAGACUUGACCAGUUCGUUAUUGGCGCUUGUUGAAAACGAGCAUUCUUUCCAAUGAUGAUACUUCAUUUUUGAAGUGUUAAAGCUGUGUUCCCAUUAAAAUGUGGCAGGAUAGGAGAUUAAGGUAAUUACAACACUUGGUUCUAUGUCUUACAAGCACUUUGUUUUGUCUCUGCAAGAAAAUACCAUUCCAGUCAUUUCCCACAAAAUACAGAUGUUUUACUCACAUAAUAUGCUUUGAUUGAUGCAGCAUUAUGCUUUGGGCAGUAUUACAAAACUAGCUGGCAAGUGCUUUCUGUAUUUAAAUAUUGUACAAAGAAAAUAAGUUAUAACUGUUAUAAAACAGAACAUUCAUUACUUUUUUUAAAUGUUGAAGUCACUUUGUAUGUUUGUUUGGUUAAUGUUCCUGCAGUAUUUAUUAAGAUAUCAUUUUUUCUUUAAAUAAAAAAGUAACCAUGUUUUAGCUUAA